UGUCAGCCAGAUCGUCACUUGACUCUCCUUUUUGAAGCCUCCUUGUCCUUAAUCCGUUGCUCUCUCUUUUGAGAAUUCAGGCUUGUAAAGCAGAGUCAACACUACCCUAAAGUUGCAACCAUGAGCUUCAGCAGGACAAGCUACAGAAGCGGCGGCAGCAGCAUGGGCGGCGGAAUGGGGGGCAGCACCACCAUUCGCAAGAGUUUCACCAGCCAGUCCUUGGCUGCUCCCGGAUCCACCCGGAUGAGCAGCGGGUCUGUCCGCCAUUCUGGCGCCGGGUUCGGCUUCAGCAGCAGCAGCAGCGCAGGUGGCUACGGUGGUGGUCUCGGCGCUGGCUAUGGUGGUGGUAUGGGUGGCGGAUUCCAUGGCGCCACCAUCACAGCUGUCACAUGCAACCAGAGCCUGCUGGCACCACUGAACCUGGCGAUCGACCCCAACAUCCAGGUUGUCCGCACCCAUGAGAAGGAGCAGAUCAAGACCCUCAACAACCGCUUUGCCUCCUUCAUCGAUAAGGUGCGUUUCUUGGAGCAGCAGAACAAGAUGCUGGAGACCAAGUGGAGCCUCCUGCAGGACCAGACCACCACCCGCUCCAACAUCGACGCCAUGUUCGAGGCCUACAUCUCCAACCUGCGCAGACAGCUGGACGGCCUGGGCAACGAGAAGAUGAAGCUGGAGGGGGAGCUGAAUAACAUGCAGGGUCUGGUUGAGGACUUCAAGAACAAGUAUGAAGAUGAAAUCAACAAGCGCGCCUCAGUAGAGAAUGAGUUUGUCCUGCUGAAGAAGGAUGUUGACGGUGCUUACAUGAACAAGGUGGAGCUGGAGGCCAAGGUUGACGCUCUACAGGAUGAGAUCAACUUCCUCAGGGCCGUCUACGAGGCGGAGCUGCGUGAGCUGCAGGGCCAGAUCAAGGACACCUCUGUGGUGGUAGAGAUGGACAACAGCCGUAACCUGGACAUGGACUCCAUUGUCGCUGAAGUGCGCGCCCAGUAYGAGGAYAUCGCCAACCGCAGCAGAGCUGAGGCCGAGACCUGGUACAAGCAGAAGUAUGAAGAGAUGCAGAGCUCUGCUGGACAGUAUGGUGAGGACCUCCGCUCAACCAAGACUGAGAUCGCCGAGCUGAACCGCAUGAUCGCUCGUCUCCAGAACGAGAUUGAGGCCGUCAAGGGUCAGCGGGCCAACCUUGAGGCUCAGAUCGCUGAGGCAGAGGAACGCGGUGAGAUGGCAGUGAAGGACGCCAAGCUCCGAAUCAGGGACUUGGAGGAUGCUCUCCAGAGAGCCAAGCAGGACAUGGCCCGCCAGGUGCGCGAGUACCAGGAGCUGAUGAAUGUCAAGCUGGCCCUGGACAUUGAGAUCGCCACUUACAGGAAGCUGCUGGAGGGAGAGGAGAGCAGAAUAUCCUCGGGUGGUGCAUCUGCAACAAUCCAUGUGCAGCAGAGCUCUGGUGGCAACUACUCCAGCGCAGGCUCAGGUGGAUUCGGCUACGGCGGCGGCAGCAGCAGCUACGGCGGCGGCAGCUACGGCGGCGGCAGCAGCAGCUACGGCGGCGGCAGCAGCAGCUACGGCGGCGGCAGCAGCAGCUACGGCAGCGGUGGUGGUGCCACAAUCACCAAGUCCGUGACAUCCACCAGCUCCAGCAGGCGUUUCUAGAGACUGUCAACUCUCCACCCAAACCAGACCCAUACCAAUCCACGGUGCUACGCAGUACUCUUAGGCCUACACAGCUGAUUUACAGUCGGAUUGAUGACCUGUAUUUACGUUUAUUUUUCAAUCCCCUCCCAAGACAAAAAAAAGAAGAAUAGGCAAGUUGAAUUACACUGCCUUGGUAGAUUCACUGGAAAACAAUGAAAGUAUCAUUGUGUUAUUUCAGGAGCAAUACCUGUUCUCCCCUGUAUUAUUCACCAUAAUUCACAGGUAACCAAUAAUGUACAAGUGCCAGUUCCUCACAAGGCCAACAUUUCUAUCUUUCUGCACUGAUGUUUAAGGAAUAUAAAUGGAAAAAGAAAAAUWGAAUGUGUGAAAACGUAAACCAACCAUAAAGAAAGCUUGCUAAGGAUCCACUCUG